GAUUAGCGGCAGGGCAGGUGCAGAGGGAGCGGAGAGAAGGCAGCGGCAGAGGCAGCAGGAAGGCUCAGGCACCAUGGCUCCGGCACUGGCUCCGGCACUGGCUCUCCUACAGCAACGCUUUGUCCUGGGGAUCGUACUGCUGGCCACUGCGGGAACAGUCGUCUCCCAGGAGGUACAAGCCGAGAAUGUCACCGUGGUCGAGGGUGGCACCGCAGAGAUCAGCUGCCACCUGCACCAAUACGACGGCUCCAUCGUGGUUAUCCAGAACCCUGUUCGGCAAACGCUGUUCUUCAAUGGAACUCGAGCUCUGAAGGACACAAGGUUUCAGCUGGUGGAGUUCACCCAGAAAGUGGUGAAGAUCCAUCUGUCGGAUGCCAAGUUGGAGGAUGAGGGUGGAUACUUCUGCCAGCUCUACACCGAGGAUACACAUCAUCAGAUCGCCACCCUCACAGUUAUAGUUCCCCCGGAUAAUCCUUUGGUGGAGGUAAAAGAACAGGCCGUGGAGGGAGGAGAGAUUGAGUUGACUUGCAUUUCCCCUCGAACAAGACCCGCAGCCACACUUCGCUGGUACCGAGACCGCAAGGAGCUUAAAGGAUUUACCAGCAAACAGGAGAACGGAAAGACUUUCAGCAUCACCAACAGCAUCCGCUUCAGCGUGGACCGGAAGGAUGACCGGGAUAUAGUUACCUGCGAGGCGUCGCACCCAGCUCUAAAGGGGCAGAAGAAACAGACUCAGUAUGAACUGGACGUGCAGUUUUCCCCCACGGCCAACAUUCAGCCUUCCCAAAGCCUCGUGAGAGAAGGAGACGAGCUGAAUCUGAAAUGUGAGGUCACAGGGAACCCACGGCCGACUGAAAUUAUUUGGACACGUCUUAAUGAUUCCUUACCAGAACGAGCACAGAUCCAGGGUGAUGUUCUGAGUUUCCCCUCGCUCAGCCUACAGGAUAAUGGAACCUACAGCUGCCAGGUCUCCAACAAGCAUGGCCGUUCUUCUGAUCAAUAUGUGCUGGUGGUGUAUGACCCCGGAGCAAUAAUUGAGGCACAGACUCAAGUCCCGUAUGCUGUGAUUGGGGGGAUCCUGGCUCUUCUCGUCUUCCUUGUGAUCUGCAUCCUGAUCGUCAUGGUGUGGUGCUCUGUCCGACAGAAAGGUUCAUACCUGACACAUGAAGCAAGUGGAUUGGACGAGCACGGGGAAGCUCGGGAGGCAUUUCUAAAUGGCGGCGAGAACCACAAGAGAAAGGAGGAGUUUUUUAUUUAAAAAAAAAAAGACACACAAGAAAAGAAAAUGUCCCAACACAGUAUUAAUAACCUGAAUUUUUUUAUUUUAUCUUACCUUUGCAGGGUGGGGAUUUGGGGAGGUUACGGAAGAGGAAAGUCUAGAGAACGGUUAGAUAACAAAAGCAUAACACCUUCAAUGCCUUGGGGCUGAGCGGCUAAUGAACUUUUUGCUGAAGGUGAUGAAGAGACUAUGGAGUUUGCCGGGAUAGUAUGGGGUACGGUCGGGCGGUUGGGGUGGGAGGCAGGGUUUCUUAAGGGUUGUGUCACCUCUUUCAGUAACAAGAAGGUGAAAUAUCCCAUCAUUUUAUGGUACGAACAAACAAACAAGAGCAAAACAAUAUGUAGAAAGAUCAAACAACUAACACAGAAGGGGGCACAGUUGUUCUUUUUAAUCUUUUGGUAAUGGAUCUUCUUAGUGGAAUAUAAAAGCCUUCAGAGCCGCACACACAUAAAAGUCAUGGGGAGCAAUAGAUAGAUGUGGUAGGAAAGAUGCAGAAACCUGUCAUUACUCUUCUAAAUCAGAAAGGCAGCUUGAUAGAUCAUAUGAUACAUAUCCUGAGGCCAAAAGAAACAAGCUUGGCACCUUUUGUCUACGGCUGGAUAGAGAAUAGAGUGUAGCAACCUGGCACUGCCCCAGGGGACAGGGCCAUAAUAGCCUAGAAUAGAUAGGUGUGGGCCAGGAUGGAGGCUCAGUCAUUUGAGCUUGCACUGGCUCAGUAUUAAGACCGUGACGUUUGUUUAAUCACCUUAAUUAGGUAGAAAUCAGCACGGCUCAGUAUUCCCAGCCAGGGAGGGAGGGACUGCGGGGAGGGGGAGAGGCACCAUAACUCACCGGCUUAAAAGGGAGAACCAGAGAGGCUCAGAGAACAAAAAUUAGAAGACGCAGCCACCGCGAGAAUAACCGCUACAUCCAUGAAUACCAAUGUACAGCAAUUCCCAAGGAGUCCCAGGGGCAGUGCUAGUCCUGCCAAUAUGCUACAGUUCUCAUCUGUUUCUACUGACAGUGUGAUUAGUGCCACUGGCAACCUACGGCCUUAUAGUUAUAGUGGCAGGACUUGGGCUAGUGCAGAGGCCCCUUACCCUGGGCCUGGGUUGAGAUGGGCCCACUAUAUCUAUGGCUGCCAAUGAGCAGCCCUCCUGGUGGGGUUGAGCUACAACUGACAACAAUGCUUGAAGCUGUAGAUCAAAAUAAGCCGGAGGGUCACAGAUCCAUAGUUUUUUCAAAUUAAAUUGGAACCCCGCAUUUCCUUUAUUGACGUCGGCCCUCUGUACUGACAGUGCAGCGUUAGGAUACGGCGAGGCAAAAUCAGAUCCAUCACCUAAUAACACCAGCUCCUUACAUUCUACACAUACAGGUUCUUUUUUUCACAGUGGGCAAAAAAGCGUUACCUAGCGACCCAUAGUGGCAGUUGCAGCUGCUUAAACUGGCACUCGGUGUGCCAACUCAUCCACAACAAAUUGACCCAGAGAAAGGCAAUCAGAAACAGAACACUCCUCAUCCCAGCAACCCCCUAACGAAGCUAAGAACAGAUAUAAUAACCAAUAACGAUCCAUGUUCAUUAACCAUUACCUGCCGAUCUGUCCAGAGCACAAUAAUAAACCUUUACCCAAGAGCUGCAACAGAACUAAUGGCAAGUACCAAUGAGCCUUUUUUUUUUUAUCCUCCUACCAUAAGAAUUUCUGCAGUCCGGACAAAUUAUGACAAUAAUUAAUUAGUUUUAAUUUACACGCCUCUCUGCCAUAACUUAUGCAGAACAAGUUGCAAACCGGUUUUAUGCCUACGUAGCUUCAGCGCCAGCUGAAACGCUUCCUUGUCAACAAGGUAUCUAGCCAAGAGCACUCAGCAGGGAACCUUUGGAGCCGUUAUAAUAGUCCACUUCCCUUGCAUAUCUAUUUAUCAUACUUCCAGUUGUAAUAAAGUACCUGUACAAAGGCAAUGAAAUGCAAAAAUAAAUGAUCGGGGGUUUUAAAGUU